GUGUCAGGAUGCCUGAUCCCGCCAAGUCCGCGCCCAAGAAGGGCUCCAAGAAAGCCGUGACUAAGACCGCCGGCAAAGGAGGCAAGAAGAGGAGAAAGAGCAGGAAGGAGAGCUACGCCAUCUACGUGUACAAGGUGCUCAAGCAGGUCCACCCCGACACUGGCAUUUCGUCCAAGGCCAUGGGCAUCAUGAACUCGUUCGUCAACGACAUCUUCGAGCGCAUCGCCGGUGAGGCGUCUCGCCUGGCUCACUACAACAAGCGCUCCACCAUCACCUCCAGGGAGAUUCAGACCGCCGUGCGUCUCCUGCUGCCCGGUGAGCUGGCCAAGCACGCCGUGUCCGAGGGAACCAAGGCCGUCACCAAGUACACCAGCUCCAAGUAAACACACUGCUCGGACUGCAACAACCUCAUCAACCCAACGGCUCUUUUAAGAGCCACACACUUUAUCUAAGAGAGUUCACAUGAUCUUUAUAUGGAAUUAAUAUUCAAAUGAUUAUACACAUGUGUACAUUACUGUCCUUAAGGUUAAUUCUACAAUCAACAUACUGUAGAGAUGUAUUUAUUAACCCUUGCCUCAAAUUACAAGUGGUUCAUGAUUUGAAUCACAUAUUUCAAAUGAAAGUGACUUGGUUACACAAGUUGUGUGUUGCAAAUGAAAUGUAUAGUCACUGGACUAUUUGCUGCUAGGUUUACAUUUAAACAUGGGUGAAGGAGCUCCUUCACAAAAAAUGGAGAGUAAAGAGCAGCAGGAUCUAUUCUCUAAAUGAACCAUUGACAAACUCCUUUGAGUCGACAAUGUGUGUAUCAUAAUAUAUAAUCUUGAACAAUACUUU